GGGAAGCAGAGAGAGAUGCAGGAAGCAGCUCUUGUACAAGACCUGGAAAUUCAAGUUGUUGUCAAUAUUUUAAUCUGUCAUUAAGGGGAGGGCAGUAAAAGACAGUGUGUCUCAUGUUCUGACACACAUAUUGCACUUGAACAUGGCCGUACUGGUGACUGUUUGGCAGAUGACAGGAAAGACACAACUACUCAGGCUGUCUCCUCUGUGGCAGAGUCAGCAUUUACGCAUGCAUAUGUUGAUGUGAAUGAAUCGGUGGAUGGAGAAGAGAUCCCCUCAGUUAGGCAGAAAGCCAGGAAGUUUUCCAACUGAUGAAUUUGUGGAGGCAGGAGGUGGUCGUAUUGUGAGCAAGCAUCCAGAAUUCGUUUUCUCCAUCGAUGGAGAUAGAGACCAGAGUGGUUGAUGUCAAGUGUCAUGGAGGAGGUAGGAGGAAUGGGUCAUCCAUGCAUGUUGUUGGUAUCUUUGGAGAAAGGAGCAUGGAUGAUGGGGAGUGUUUGGCUAGCUUGAACGCACUGACGGGACCGCUGCCUCUAAGGUAUGGGGAAAUGCUGUCAGAGGGGUGUGGUACAGGCAAUGGUAAUCCAAAAGUCUCUGUUGGGGGACCGACUACUCAUGGUGGCGAUAGCCUAGGAGGGAGCAGUGUGACGAGGGGGUUGGUUCAUAAGCGUAAUGAUGCACGGCUCGGGGAUCUGGGGUGUAAACUGGUUUGCGAUCCCAGGGAUGAACCCCUGUGUUCAAGUGGAGGUAGAGGGCUAAUAGGUAGACACAUUGACGCGAGUGGGGAUAUGGGAGAUGGAGGGAUUAUCGAUAAUGGUGUCAGUGGAACAGCACAGACUAUGUCAGAGGUCACAGACCUCGAACAGAGGGAUCGGUUUCUCCGAGGGAACGGUGUCGACGGGAUCAUGAAUGGGACAGGCAUCGUGGGUCCUGCUGCAGGUUUGAGGGACCCUGUGCAUGAAGGGAGGGUUGGGUGUCUGAAGAAUGUAGUUCAGGAUGCAUGUGGUGGUGGAGACUGCAAUAGCAUCAAUGUGUCGUGGCACAUAAAUUUUGGCGGAGUAAUGGCAAAACCUGUGGUCUUGCAUUCUCAGAAUAUGCUGACUCGGGAAAAAUCGAAGUGUGAUUCACUGGACACAAAUGGGGUAGGGAGUCACAGGGGCAUAGAGCGGAAUGAAGCAGUUCAAGAAGGUGGGGCUGGGUGGGAGAGUAGGAGUAUAGUUGAACCAGGAUGGGGAGAUUACGCUAUUUCUCCGUCGGGAACCACUUCACCUGCUCACUGUGUCACUCACGUCAGUAGGAAUGAAGAACAAUAUGGUGGGAGGGUUGUUGGGGGGCUAAGGAAAUCAGAGAGCCCAAGGAUCAUUAUGUAUUCAGAAGCUAUGGUAACAGAAGGGACUGUGAAGAUGGAAGGUGGUGUCACUCUUGCUGAAAGGAGUCCGGUAAGUGUUGCAGGCAUCGGAAAUGAAGGAUGUUCAUCCUGGACAGAGAGUGGACAAUAUGUAAGUGUUAGUCCUAAGGGCGCCAUUUCAAUCCCAGUGCAUGAAAGACAACCCGUGGACGACAGGAUGCUUGGUGCCGUUGCACCCGUCGGGAGAUUGCAGCAUGCGCUGGUGGGUGUCGGGGCACAAGGGCAGGCCAAGCUCUGGACCGAGGAUAUCCAUGCAGCAGCAGCAGCAGCAGCAGCAGCAGCAGCAGCAGCAGCCGAAGCAGCAGCCGAAGCAGCAGCAGAAGCUGCUACAGAAAGUAAGAGGAUGGAGAAGUUUCAAUUGGCUGCAAAUGCAAGACAGGCUCAUGAACAUGUCGUGCUAGAGCUUGCCGAAACAUACAAGGCAGCACAGAGUCACAAUGCAGACUGGGCUCUGAGGAAUGCAGCUGCUGAACCAUGGCACAGGAAAGGGCACUGGGACUUUGUGUUGGAGGAGAUGGCUUGGCUCGCCAAUGACUUCAUACAGGAACGCAUGUGGAAAAUAACUACGGCAUGGCAGCUCGCUCGUAGCACCGGUGGGGAGAAAAAGAGGAGGUACCUGAACCCUGAGGAGCGGGAGUUGGGCCAGAGAAAUAACACUUUGUCCUUGGCAUCAAAGAUGGAGUUCUGGAGGCAAAUUGACAACAUUGCGCAAACGAAGAGUGAAGGAGAUACCAGUCUGGGUGGCCUUGAAGAAGUUAGCAAGGAGGAGCAAUUUAAGGAGAGUGAUGAAAGUGUGGGAGGUAUAGAGGCUGAUGCCCCAAACACAGAAACUGGAGACAGCAAGAUAGCAAUGGGCUUGGCGGAAGAAGAUAACGAGAGAGAGGGGGGUCCUGGAGGGGUCGACAUGGGUGCUGCAGCUCCCGGUGGCAAGGACGGCUUGAGAAACAUAUACAGGAGGAAGGGGCUGAGUGUUGGGCCUGGGUUGCCAGUUUCAAAAACUCCUGUGCAGAAGGAAGUGGAGAAGGAGAAGGAUGCUGUGACGGACGGGUUCGGAGCUGAUGGAAUGGAUCCCCUAAGGAGUGACUGUUGUGGAGAACAACCCUUACCUCAUAGAGAUAUGGAUUACUGGCUGAUCGAGGAACCACUGGUAUAUUGUCCACCUCCUGGUGCCAUGGAAUUGUAUCGCAAUGCAGUGGAGAGUGAGCAAGCAGAGCUGGAUUCGAUGCAUGAGAAGAAUGUUAAGCAAAAGUUGGCUAUGAUGAAUGUGCGGGUGGUGGCAGACGAAGGCAUAGCUCAUGUAGGGGAUCGAAUGACGAUGGGAGGAGUGGUCAGACAGCAAAGCUUUGGGGGACUGGGAACCCUGGGAUGGGGUUCUGAGUCGGCAAUGCCAGCAUGUGGGCGCGUUUCGGGAUGUGGCACCACUCUCCAUGCCAAUGACCAAGAGUCUUCAUUCCUCUACCAGCCAAGGCCAGGUGGAAUGAGUAUGCCAGGAAUGCCUGGUAUGGUCAUGUUUUCAAAGAAGAAGAGGAAGAAGAGUAGGAAAGGACAGGUCCCUAAGUUACCAGAGGGCCUUGCUCCUGCAGCCUCACCUCCAAGGCCAUUGCCACCGCGGACAUCGUUCAUGAUGAACGGGAGCACCAAAACUCCUGCCGCAGGGGGCCUGACUCCUCCUUUCGCUUCGUCGGUAACCCGGAAGAGGUCACACAUGAGCUUGUCGGAUGGUCUUGGUGGGGUGAUGGUUCUUCCAAAACGAAUGAGGAGCGCCAGAAUUUCUUCCUUUGGUUCAAACCCCCCUGGGUUAAUCGAGAGGGGGCAAAGUGGAAAUGUUGUGGGCUCCCCAUCUCCUCUUGGCCCACUUGAGGGAGUGGGUUUGGGAGGGCAUGCAUCACUGCCUGGGGCAACUGGGACGCUAACGGCCUCAUAUUUCUCAACAGUAACUGAGAGGGGACCAAUUGGAUUUGGUGGGUGUUCUUCAGAGGUCAAGAGUGAAGGGGGAGUAAAUCCUGAUGCUUGUGGCAGAGGAGGCAGCAGUGUUUUUUCUGCUCCCUCCACUCCUGCCAUGGGGAUAAGGAGGGACAUCAACAGCGGGAUAGGAACCAGUGGUGCUGCCACAUAUUCGAGGGUGCAGACUAGCACAUACUUGGAAGGCGGGCAGGGGAAUAUUGGCGUAGUUUGGGGACGAGAUAAGGGUAUGAAGAAGGAAAGAAUUGCCUCGACGCCAGGAAGGGAGUGGCCAGCCUUUGCAGGUGGUGUGCCAAGCUGGGCCGCAUCUGGGAAGAAGCCCCUCAAGUUGAAGGUGAAGGCAGAGCAGCUGCUUGAACGUGUGUCCGUUGUCGACCCUGAUUUUCUGACAAGUGCAGGUGCAAGUUUACCAGGUUCAUUGGAGACAAAGAGUGCUGCUGGCAUCACUGUACGCAAGUACAAGAAGGGAUUCUUAGCCGUUGAGGCUGUCGUAGACCCACAAGGAGUUUUGGGAAGACGUGGAGGAUCUGUGGCGGCUUCUUCACAAACGACUGUCAGCAUAUCAGUGGCCACAGCAGGAGGAACCAUCUUGCAGACUGAUCUUCCUGGCCAGAAGGGACUGAAGCCUGUUUACAAUCGCAACCUUAGCCGCAAGAACAAACCAAAAGCGCAUCCAAGUCUGUUGCUUCAGGAGAAGAAGGAGGACCAGGCACGUAGAAAGGAGAUGGAAGAGAAGACAAAGUUCGAUGAAAUGAUUAGGCAGGAGAUUGAGCAUAACUCGGAGGCACUUGAGGAGAGGGUGAUGUCAAAGAUAGGGUGUCAGUAUCUGAUGGCUCGGGAUGAGGCCAGGAGGGAGGAUUUACUCUCGCCGGUCAUCCGGAAACCAGCUUCGGUGAUGAGGGAUAGGGAUUUUCUCGAUUGUGAGGGUAAGGGGAUUGCAAUCGAAGAUGAGAUUGCGAAGCUGUACCAGAUUUUAGAGAAGACAAGGGGAGGAGGAGGAGGAGGGGGAGGGGGAGGAGGAAGAACAGGAGGAGGAGGGGUAGGAGAAGGGGGAGGAGGAGGAGGAGGGGGAGGGGGAGGAGGAAGAACAGGAGGAGGAGGGGUAGGAGAAGGGGGAGGAGGAGGAGGAGACGAAGGUGGCGGAGGAAAAUGCACCAGAAGAGGAUGUGGCCAAGGAGGGGGGAAUGGGGGAGUGGGCCAGAGAGCUGGUGGCAGAGGAAGAGGAGGAGGAGGAGGCGGCGGUGAAGGAAGACAUGGAAGAGGAGGAGGUCUGGGAAACCACUUGCGAUUACAAACAGAUAUGGGGCCAGGGGAUCCCCUUGUGUUACUGACCUCUUUGCAGGAUAAUUUCCAGGGCCAGGACCUCUUUAAUGAUACGCUCGACGACAAUGAAGAUGACGUCUCGCCCACAGAAGAUGCUGAAGGUGAGCAAGAUGAUGAUUGCGAUGUCCUCCACUAUUAUACAAAUAUCUGUGCUAUGUGUGAGAUCUGGGAAUCUGAAAGAGAGAUGACCUGUGCUGUUGCUGUGCGUGAGUGUGAUGAGUAUGAGGGGGGCGGAGAAGAAAGGUGGGCUAACUUGAUGGCACUGUCCUACCACGUUGAGGAGGAGAGUGCAGUGGGCGAUGGAGAGAGGGAAUAUGCCGCUGAUGACGCAGGUGAAUGGGAGGUUAGGGAUGAGAGUGCAGUUGGCGAUGGAGAGGGGGAAUAUGCCACUGAUGACGCAGGUGAGUGGGAAGGGGAGUGGGGGCUAUUGUCAACGGUGGAAAUGGCGGAAGCGGCAGCGGCGACAGCAACAGUAACAGCAAUAACAUCUACAACAACAAUAUUGGAGGUGGAGCAGGGUUCGGCAGAGGAGAGGCAAGGAAUGGGCGGGAUUGGCGACAAGGGUGGGAUGGUCGACAACAACAAUGACAACAACAAUAAUAGCAACUUUAACAAUGGAGGCGAGCGGCGAAUGGCCGAACUGGGUGAGAUAGGAGUGAAAGAGGAUAACAAAAACAACAACAACAAGAACAACAACAACAACGACAACGGCAACACCAACGUGAUGGAGGAGAGGGGAGAGAACACUAAUGACAUGGAGGAGAGGGGAGAGAACGCUGACAACAACGACAACAACAACAACAAAGUUGGCAAAAACAACGAGAUGGUUGAGAUGGGAGAGGAUGUUGACAACAACAACAACAACAACAACAACAACAACAACAACAACGGUAACAAUGACGGUGAGCAGGGACUGGGGGAAAAGGGUGAGGUGGGUGAGAUGGAUGCCACAGACAACAACAACUACGGCAACAUGGGAGAGAUGGAUGCCACGGACAACAACAACGAUGGCAAAACAUGGGAAAGAUGCCGCCAUCAGUGCAGUGGGGGGGAUUUUGUAGCUUGGAGCAGGAUGAACCAUCGCCAGCCGGAGCAUAAGCCCCUCGAGCACUUCCAGACGCCGCUUGCAGAUCGCUUGUUGCGGCAUCGGUUUAAUGAGGAGAGGCAGUUGCGCUACGACAUCCAACAGGUGAACGUGCCAGCGCCCGGGAUUGCUGAUUUGGCAGCGUACUCGUUGCUUUGCGAUCGGCUGACAUAUGCGGGAGUGUACGUGGAUGUGACGCAGUUGCCUGGCCGGGAGACGACCCGAGUAUUCAUUGAGUUCCGUGCACUCCAGGUGGCACCCAACUUCGUGCACAGCGUCGCCACCUUCAUCGGAGACUUGACGGUCCUACCGCAGCAGAAUCGGGAACCAGCGCGCAGCUUUGUGCGCGAAUACGCGGUGGAAGCGGCCAGAUCAGUGGCCAGAGUGCAAGGACGGGGGGGACACCGAUUCACAGCCCACGAAGCGCUGCUGCGUAGGGCAGAGGACGGACCGAUUGCGUUGGUGCCGCAGCUCCCCGCGCUUCUCCCUCCCGCUGCUCCUCUCAACCUCCAAGCUAUUCCCCCUCUAACUAACGUGGAGCCGCUGCCCUUCGCCGACGAAGACGCGUGGGAGUUGCACCGUGCGCUGUACAAGUCGGUGGCGCUGGGGAUGUUCCGGUUCUUCGCGUGGCCCAAGCCAGCGGAGAAGGAAGGGACGGUGGCGUUGUACCCCUUCGCCCUGCUCCAGACAAUCGAUCCGGGAUUGUUGGAGCUCAUACAUCUUGAGCUCCUCUCCACUGUGCAAGUGAUCGCGAGCGAGGAGGAGGAGAUCCAACCACGAUUGCGGACGGCGAUGACCCCGCGGAGAACGUACAACGCGGUCGUCAUCCCGGAUUACAUUGCGCAACGUGCGGAGAGAUUGGAGGACUUCCCGGAGGAAAGGCCGUUGCGUCCUCCCUCGUCGUAUCCUCGACCAGCGCCACCGAAGGCCCCCAACAUGACGCCGAAGAGGAAGAGACGCCACCCGUCGCCAGGAGCGCAAGGAAGUAGGAUCGGCGGCGGCGAGGAGGUGAUUCAGCCCGCGCGUACGCGGAUUCCUGACCCUGUGCCUGGGAGCGCGGCGACGCUCGUUAAGGAGACUAUCGUGCCAUCGCCGCCCAUUCCACGUGUGCCCGAUCUCAAUCUUGAUAGAGUCGGGCCAUCAUCAACAGCAGCAGCCGGAGGAGGAAGCCGAAUGGGAUUUCCGGAUCCCAUAUCCAGMCCCCCCGCCCUCUGUGCCUUGGUUCAAGAUUUUGAAUCAAAUUGGGAGUUAUGCAGUGAUGUCCUCAGCUCAAGUUCUCACCUGAAGGGUGUAUUCAGAAAGCCUGAACACUGUAGGGAGCAGUACCGGCUUUUGACAGAGAAAGUAAAGGAAGAAGAGCAAGAUGGUGACGAGGACGACCAGGGGUCAUUUUCUUCAGGGAUUUAUGCUGGGAAGCCGAGGGGAAAGGAUCCGUGGUUGUUCAAAGCCAGAACGACGCUGGCCAGAGCCGGGGUGAUGCCCUGUAACUUGCCGAAGUGCCACGUCAGCAGCAGUGCCACAACAGCAGUGCCACGUCAGCAGUGCCUCGUCAGCAGUGCCACGACAGGAGUGCCACAACAGCAGCAGUACCAAUGUCAGCAGUGCCCCACCACCAUGAAGGUUUCAGCUUUGGGCAUGCCAGACCAACUGGCCAACGAGUCCAUUGCUGAGUACCGACAGCGGUUCCAAGCUCAGCUCGCACUGAUCGAGGUUGAGGAACAGCGCCAGGCGACAGCUGAGGCUGCCCGCCUACAGGCUCAAGCAGAGGCAACAGCUGAAAAGCAGCGGCUUCAGGCCGCAGCUGAUGCAGAUGCCCAUGUCCGCCGCAAGGAGGUCCAGGAUCUGCUGCAGCGGCACGAAGCCGCCAGUGUCGACAGGCUCAAGUUUUGGCAUUUUGAACCAUCCGAGGACCAUGACGACGUGACACCGGAAGAGCAGCACAAGGAGUUUCUCUCCAAACUCGUGACCCGGUUGUUUUACAACUGGUCUUCUGCCGCCUUGAGCCUCGCACUUGGUGAUCGAGAACAGUACACGACCUUCGCCGAAAUCAUUGACAAGGCGCAUGAGAUCAUCAAGACCAACCGGGCUGCUGCACACGAGAAGUCAGCGUGGCAGCCAACCCAUGUAGAGAAAGUAAAAUUUAGUCCGCGUCCGCAGCAAGUCGCUGCAGUCCAAUCGUACAACAUUGUGGAAGACCCGGCAGCCACCCCAGCAUCACGUGAGGGAGAUCAAGUGGCCGCUAUCCAGCCGCGAAGCAACAAUAACUCCCAUGGAAAAGGGAAGGCGAAAACUGCAUCCCCGACCGGAAAUGGACAGCCAGUACCAUCGGUCAAGUUCAACUUGACCGAGGCCGAAUACAAGUACCGCAGCCGAUACGGCUGCGGCUAUUCGUGCAACAUCACCAAGCACAAGACCUCCCAAUGCCAAGAUCAAGGCAAGGAGGAUGUUCGACCUCGAAUCAACUCGGGAAACUGAGUUGCACGGGAGUCCCUUAGAGCUCGCUGUUCUCAUGAUAGCUGCUGGGGAGCCAGCACAUGCUUUUUCCUCUCUAUUGGGUGGCCUUCGCCUAUCAGAAAUGGCUGUGCUUCACGGUGCUUAUCCAGGAGCAGGCUCGUCAGGUCAUCCAGGUAUCGCCGGCCAAGCCGUUUCAGGCAUGCCAGUGAGUGGGCAGAGAGCACAGGAAGUGUACGUACACGGCACCCCAGCAGCAUACUACGCUGUCAUCAGAAGGUAUUUCCUGUCUCUUUUCUCCUUUUCUGUUGAAAACAAAACAGCAAUUUCAGU